CCAAACUCGCUCCAUAAUGCAAAUUUGGUCAACCUGGCCGAAAGCGUCAGCUGUGGACGAGCAUGUUGUUGAUAUUGAAGAUUGAAUCAUUGAAGCCUUCACAGCAACUUUCCGAUCAACCCGCCACCGGCCACGAAAUAUUGGGAGGCAUCGUCGGGAUCGGGGUGGGCACGCGAACCGCUUUCAACGCCAUCAAGCACCCCUGAUGGCCGCAUCCGGCUUGGGCACCCCAGAUCAUUUUGACUAGUCCAGAAGACGGAAUGAAUCUUUGGCAUUCUAUGACUUGAAUGCUAACGGUGCCUAGGGUCCAGCCACGCCCUUGCCCGCCUACCCGCCUGCCCGCCAGCCGGUAGCACUGCACAAGAAGUAUUGAUUGAGCCCAGGCUGGCCCAGCCCCCAAAGCUGACUGACUCACCCGUGGACUGGGCGUGAAAACCAAGUCAGUCCCGACCUUGGCCGACUGGACGCACCGAUCGCCAUGAGUAGUGGGCGGUCGGUGGGCGGAGCCGAGCGCCCCGGGCGACUGGAGCCGUCUGGAUCCGCUUUGUGCACGGAUCGCCCAACGCUUCAACGACUCGAGCAAAGUGCUCAGCGGCAAGUGGGGCAGAAAAUCGAAUCCAUCGUUCGGCGUGAAUUUGGCCGAGCCCUGGCUCAAAAGGAGGAUGAACUGGAACGCAUCGACGAACGGAUUUUGGGCGUGCAAAAGGCGCUCCAUCUGGUCCGGUUUGGCGCCGUCCAUGACUUUUACGCCGCCUCCGUGGCCAAGCCUUCCAUGGGCACGCCCGAAGUAGUAGCCAUCCACCCCGCCCUCCGCCCCAUGAUUGGCGGCAAACGACCCCCGACUCGGACGGACUCCAUCCGACCAUCGCCCGAGACGGAACCCGGUCUGACCCAAUUACAUCCCGAACCCGUGGCCGCUAGUUUGUCGCCCGUGGCCAAAAAGCCGCGUUUGGCUCCGCCGCCGGGCUACGUCCCACCGCGCUCGGCCGAUCCGGUGGUCAUGGAUCCCCGGGGGGCGCAUCUGAAAAUCAAGCGCCGGAUCAUUGUGGGCAACGUGUCCAAAUGGAUUCAGUGCGACCAACGCGAGGACAUGGCCACGCACAAGUGGAUGAUUUAUGUGCGGGGGGAUCAAACUCAGGCGGAUAUUUCGGAUGUGGUGGCCAAAGUGCGGUUUCUGAUCCAUCCCAGUUAUCAUCCCCACGACUUAAUUGAGACCACCCAACCUCCCUUUCAUCUGACCCGUCGAGGUUGGGGCGAAUUUCCGGCCCGCAUUCAGAUUCAUUUCAAGCAUCCCUUAGACAAACCCGUGGAUAUUAUUCACAACCUUCGCCUGGACAAGUCUUACACCGGGUUGCAGACCUUGGGGGCCGAGACCAAUGUGGACCUGUGGUUGCACAACCCGGCGGCGGCCGUGGACCCACCCGUAACGCCCCUUCGCCCCGAGCCUGACCUGGUGCCCACCUCCGAAGGUUGGGUCAUUGCGCAUAGUCAGUGUCGCGAUUUGCGCGAUAUUUUACCUCAACCGGCGGUAGAGGAAACUGCGGGCCAAAUUCAAGCCGACGUGCUCAGUUCCGCGUCUAAACCGUCCAGCAAGUCCAAGUCCAAAAAUCGGGCUGCCAAAAACGCUCAGACCACUUUUAUCCGGUGUACGGGCAAAGAUGGCAAGACUAUAUUCCUACCCGUCACGUUUUUACCGGAUAAUCAUCGGAAAAAAGUGCCGGGUGUGGCAAGUAGCUUGGUCUCAAGUUUACCGGCCACCCGACUGCCUGCCAAACAGCUCCUGUCCGCUAACCGCUCCGAUACCUCUCUCCUGACCAAGAUUGAAGUCGAACACAAGAUGCCCACCUCACCCAGCCAAUACAAUGGCCACACCACGGGCCCGCCAGCCUCGCCUUCGGUUUUGCUGAAGCCGUUAGCCGCUUGCAACACCCCCGAUCGGUCCUCGCCCCGUGUGUCACCCUGUCCUUCGCCGGCGCCCAAUUCCAACGGAAUAAGAUCCACCAAUGGGGUGAGUUUGCUCGCCCCAUCGCAUCUCCGAAGAACGGGCACUUCGUCUGGCGCCAUUGUCUCCUCCUCCGGUUCAGCAGGUGGAUCGACCGUUUUACCCGGCACGAGUUUAUUAAAGAGAAGUGCAGCCUUGCCUCCUCUCCCCAGGGCGGAACCUUCGCCACUUUCUGCCAAAAUGCCUCUUCCUUCGAGGCCCCCCACCUUGUCAGAGUUAGAACGAACCAUCCCGAAUGUUUCCCUCGAGACGUGGAAACGCGUAUUGGGUUACGCCCCAGGCGAGAUCCAAUUGGAGGUGGAGUCUCGGAUUGGGAAACCCGGCGGCCCUACUCUCAGGAAAUAUUUAGAUUGGCUCCAAUUUUUAAGUGACAAGGCGUUUUCGUUAAAGUCUUCUGAUUUUCCUUCAUUGGAGAGCUGUUUAGUGUACCUGGCACGAUUUCUGCCCCUGGUUACCCCUUUGGCCAAGAAUUCCGUUUACAAAUGCCUUCACCCGUAUUCGUCAGCCUCAGUCAAAGAGUACCUCUCAUGGAACAAAGGCCGACAAAAAGCCUCCGAGUGGCAACGAGCGAAAAUGCUUUAUCGAAUUUUGGACAAUGUUCCCCUCCUGGGGCUCUUCUCCGCUUCUACCUCGACCAGACAGAUCAUUCAAAUCCUUCGUUGGUACGGAUUCCACGUCCCUCACAACACAAUCGAUUCACAAAUGAAGCAAUCGGUGGACUUGCCCCUUACCCUUUCCCAAGCUCCGGCGAAUGUGACAUGUCCGGAUGCGACGCCAUUAAAAAGACACCCGGAAUCGUGGCACUCCGAGAUCAAUGUGAGCGAUGAUUUAAUCGAUGUCAUUGGUAUGGGUGAUUCCCCGCCAGAUCCGAGUAAUCUUAAAGCACCAGCCAAUGGUCCAGCUCAAUCUUCGAAUGGCAACCGGGUGAUCGAUGAUCCAAUGAAAGCGAUAGACUCCCACCCCCCCACCAAGAGGGCGUGCCUAUGGCUCCCCGAGGAUGAUGUGUCCGCCAUGACCUUUGUCAAAGACAAGGCCCGAGAAGUGGGUGUUGACUUGGUGGAGGAAGAAAUUGCCCCGCGAAUCCUCUAUCAAGCCACUCAGAAGCUGAUGCUCAGAGCGUGCAAGUUUCUGUGCGAGAGUCUCAUCCGGAAAGGCCAUAAAGCCGCUUACGAGAGAUUAGGUGGCCCACCCACUGAGGUGGGAUUGGCGGAUGUGCUUGAGGCCAUCCAGAGGGAUCCUUUAUUAUCAAUCUGCUCAAAUGCGGGCUUGGGAAAACCCUUGACCAUGCAGUCACCGCCUCUUGCUGGCUCAUCCUCCACCUCUGCCUCGACUUCGAACCCCACCCACCAUUCUUUGAUAACUCAAGAUAUCAAGAAAGAACCCUUGUGAUAUGAUUGCUGACCAUCGUCGCCUCGUCUCUGAAUAUUUUUUUCCCAAAAUUCCAUUAUAUCUAAAUCUAUUCAUUUCAAGUUGUCCGUUUUGGCAACCUUUCAUUCA